AUGAAGAAACUUGUGCAACCAGUGCAAAAGAUCUUGGACCCGACCAAGAUGGGCACGUGGAACGUCGUGCGUCGGCCUCCGAUCGAGAACCACACCGUGAUCCAGGGCCGGCCGCGCGAGAAGGGCUCCAAUGCCUUCCGGACACAUCAGGAGAAGGAAGGUGUGCGGUUACGCAAGGCGCUGCAGGCCUUGACGCACGGCAAGAACAUUUUCGUCUAUCACAAUAUCCGGACUAACCAGGUGGUGUACUCGUUGACGAGAUACUUGGAGAAAAACAAUGUUCUCCGACAAAUGAUCUAUCAUGGCAAAAAGACCGUCCCCGCUACCCUCCGCAAAGACAUGUGGGUCCCUUACUAUUCGGUGCACUUCACGAGCUCGCAGCUGGGGCUGCGCGCCUAUCACCUGCUGCGCGAGUUCUCCAUGCAGCGCCAGCUGGCGCCGCCGCGCGAGAUGGUGACCAUCACGGAGGAGUGGCUGCAGCGCAAGCGGCCGCGCGACCCGCAGCAGGCCGAGAAGUUUGACAAGGAGUACGCCGACAAGAAGGGGUGGCUGAUGAAGCCUAAGGACCGCGCCCGCAUCGUCAUGGACCAGAAGAGCACCUCCGUCGCCGACAUCGCCGCCGUUCUGGCCAUCCAGGCCGAGGAGAUCAAGAACGGGUUCGCUACUGGGGAGCGCGGCUAUUUGAGCCGCGCCGCCCGUCGCCGCCGCCGCCAGGCCCGCAUCAAGGAGGCCGCCGUCGCCGCCGCUCAGCUCGAGCGCGUCACCAACUUCGAGAAGACCCUCAGCAUCCCCCGCCAAGUUGACUACAAGAUCCAGGAGGUCGUCGAGGAGGACCCGGUUACCCGUGCCCGCCUCGAGGAGGAGAACGCCGUCAAGAUCCUCUGGACGGAUCUCCACGAUGCCCACUACGCCGCCGAGUGGCCCGCCCGCGUGUUUCACGGCGAGCUGGAAAUGACCCGCGACCACGUUAUGCCCGGCCAGAAGCCCGUCUUGUCCGAUAUCGAGGUCUUGGCCCACAACGCCUUCAAGGAGAAGGGCGUGGAGACAGAACCCGAGGCUGCCCAGCCCAACUGA